AGCGGCGCGUACCUCGUGAGUUCGGCGACUCCCCGCACCGAUGAUAAGGUGUCUUGUGCAGACCGCAAAGAAUUCACGGUACUUACGAAGAACGAAGCAAGUAUAUUCGAGGGAAUCCGCUUCCUGGAUCGCAAGUAUGCCCGUGACGAAAUACCCCACGCCGAGAAGAUCGGAUACCUCAGAAGUUCUGCAUGGCAUAACUGUGAAGGAUCCUUAUCGAUGGAUGGAGGAUCCCGAUGCAGAAGAAACGAAGGCGUUCGUCGAGGCCCAGAACAAGAUAAGCAAGCCUUAUCUGGAUAGGUGUCCCCAUAAGAAAGAGCUGACGGAGAGCCUCACCAAACUAUGGAACUACCCGAAGUUCACGGUGCCGUCCAGGAAAGGGGAUUACUAUUACUUCCGGCACAACAGCGGUCUCCAGAAUCAAUUUGUUACGUACAUGAAGAAGAAUCUCGAUGAUGAACCUGAAGUUUUUCUCGAUCCGAACUCACUGUCUGAAGAUGGAACGGUGUCGCUGACCGAAUCGGCGUUCUCUGAGAAUGGCAAUUACUAUUGUUAUGGUCUCGCUCAGUCUGGGUCUGAUUGGUCGACUCUCCACGUCAAGGACGUGAGGCAGAAGAAAGACCUCCCGGAGAAACUCGAGCGUUUCAGAUAUUCUUCCGUUUCAUGGACGAUCGAUGAGAAGGGUUUCUUCUACGGACAGUAUCCCGACUGGAGCGGGAAGGUCACCGGAACCGAGGCGAAAGCAGUGGAAAAUCAAAAACUCUUCUACCACAGACUCUCGACGCCUCAAUCAGAGGACGUUAUGUGCGUCGAAUUCCCGAAAAAUCCCGAAUGGAGGAUCACGCCCGAGGUAUCAUACUGCGGUCGUCACCUCAUCGUGAGCGUCCAGGAAGGAUGCCAGGACAACAUCGUAUUUGUUGCUGACAUACCGGAAAAUGUCACAGGUGUCCUAGAGCUCAAACCAAUCUACGAGACAUUCGACUGUCGGCUCGAAUACAUCACAAAUGACGACGACAUAUUCUACUUCCGAACAAACAAGGACCGCCCUACAUAUGGCGUGGUAAAGAUCAACAUUAGAAAACCCCAAGAAUGGAUCGAUGUCGUGCCUGCCCACCCUAAGAACGUUCUCGAGUGGGCCUUGGCCGUUGAUGGGGAUAAACUGAUCGUGGAGUAUUGCCAGGAUGUUGUAAGCAAAUUGCAGAUCCAUAAGCUCAGCGGAGAAUUUCUGCAGAACUUGCCGCUGGACAUAGGUGCGGUUAGCGAAAUUUCAGGGAAACGGAAGCUCUCGGAAAUCUUCUUGAAGUUCUCCUCGUUCCUGACUCCCGGAAGAAUCUACCGUUGCGAGAUCGACAAGGCACCGGAAGCGGUGCUCGAAGAACACAAGAAUAUCGAAUUGGCCGGCCUUCCAACAGACGAUCUUGAAGUCGAACAAGUCUUCUAUGCAAGUCAAGACGGUACCAAAGUACCGAUGUUCAUCACGCGCAAGAAAGACCUACCGCGAGACGGCUCCGCUCCUUGCUUGCUCUACAUCUACGGAGGCUUCAGUAUCAACCUCUCACCUUCGUUCAGUCUCUUCCGAUUGAUGCUGAUCAAGAGACUGGGCUUCUCUGUGGCAGUGGCCAAUGUCCGAGGAGGUGGAGAGUACGGCGAGGAGUGGCACAAUGGUGGCUGUCUGAAGAAUAAGCAGAAUACUCUCGACGAUGUACAUGCAGCCGCCGCAUUCCUCGCCGAUAACGGCUACACACGAGCCUCCCAAUUGGUCCUGAUGGGGGGUUCGAACGGAGGAAUGGUCACCGCUGCGAGCAUCAAUCAGAGGCCUGAACUAUUCGGAGCAGCAAUCGCUCAGGUCCCGGUGACGGACAUGUUCAGAUUCCACAAGUUCACCGUCGGACAUGCAUGGUGCUCAGAUUUCGGCAAUCCGGACAAAGCUGAGGAUUUCGAGGUUCAGAGAAAGUAUUCGCCUUUGCACAACAUCCCAGCGGAUAUCGAUAAUUACCCCAGUCUUCUCGUGACGACAGCGGAUCACGACGAUCGCGUUGUACCUUCCCACUCACUGAAGUUCAUCGCUGAACUCCAACAUCGACUCGGUGAGAAGAACCAGAAGCCGUUGCUCGCCUUGAUCGAUACGAAGGCAGGUCACGGAGCGGGCAAACCGACAUCGAAAGUUAUCGACGAACUUGUUGAGUACAUGUGCUUCCUGAACCUCACCUUGGACGCUAAAUAUCGAGAAUGAUUCUCUUGGAAAUGUUUGCUCUCAUCGAGGGAACAACCGUGGUUGCGAUAACUGGAAUAGGUCUUUUAUGUCAUAGGAAAAAAAUAAGAUCGAAUGAAGUGACUCGGCUCAAAGAAUAUUCGAUCU